GGAGCCUCAGCAUCUCGCGCUUGCAGGGCGAGUGCCAGUGCCGCGCCCGGGCGAGCGAGUGCAGCGGGCCAACCAAGCAGGGGCCGCCGGCCGGCCGGGCCCCCUGUGGCCUCGGCUCCAGGUAACACACAGAGCUGCCACCAUGGUUCAUCAGGUGCUCUACCGGGCUCUGGUCUCCACCAAGUGGCUGGCAGAGUCGCUCCGCAGCGGCAAGCUGGGGCCCAGCCUGCGGGUGCUGGACGCAUCGUGGUACUCGCCGGGCACCCGGGAGGCCCGCAAGGAGUACCAAGAGCGCCAUGUGCCCGGCGCCUCCUUCUUUGAUAUAGAAGAGUGCCGGGACACAGCGUCACCCUAUGAGAUGAUGCUGCCCAGCGAGGAGCACUUCGGGAACUACGUGGGCCGCCUGGGUAUCAGCAACGACACGCACGUGGUGGUGUACGAUGGCGACGACCUGGGCAGCUUCUAUGCUCCCCGAGUCUGGUGGAUGUUCCGUGUGUUUGGCCACCGUACCGUGUCAGUGCUCAAUGGUGGCUUCCGGAACUGGCUGAAAGAGGGACACCCAGUGACGUCUGAGCCUUCAAACCCAGAGCCUGCUGUUUUCAAAGCCACACUGGACCUCUCCUUGGUCAAGACCUAUGAGCAGAUCCUGGAGAACCUCCAAUCUAAAAGGUUCCAGAUGGUGGAUUCACGGGCCCAAGGCCGGUACCUGGGCACCGAGCCAGAGCCAGAUGCAGUAGCUUUUUCCAGAACCCUGCUCUCCACGCCUGGCCUGCUCUCUGAAGACCUGUGGCAGAAGACUCAAAGUUCAUUUGGCACCACCCAGAGACUCCUGGCACCAGACACUUACAAGCCCCUUCUGGCCUUGGUCCAGGUGCCUUCCCUGCUGAGGACAUUGAGGGACCUUAGGCUGCCCUUGAGGGAUGCACAGCAGAGUUAGUUCCCUAGCUAUUUCUAAGCCUGCUUGGAAGCCGAAUGAGAAAUAAGUGAUUGCCGGGUGAGGCUAUUGCAUGCCCAUUGUUUGAGGAGAAAACUGAGGCCCAGAGAGGAGAAAUAGCCUGCUCUGGGUAGAUUUCCUGAGAGCUCUGAAUUCUGACCUCUUCUCUGUGACCCUACCCCCAUGCUAGUUUCCAGAAAGCUCCAAAGAACAUCGAAUCUCACUUCAGUGCAGCACCUGCUUUGUGCUGCGAUCUUAGUCCAGUUGUUCAGCCUGGGUUCACCUGUCAUAAAACGAUCUGAGUACUGUCCCCCUACCCACCUGGCAUGUAUGCACUCAUUUAAGUACAGCAGUGACUGCAGUUCUGAGAAGAUAAGCGACUAUUUAAUAACCAGGGCCAUGGAGAAAGACAUAGGGGAUGUGCCACCUCCCUCCUUCAUUCUCUAAGAGGAUUUGCUGCCUCCCAUAUCAAAUAGUUGGGGACACAAAGAUACAUAUGGUGCUGCCAGGUUCAUGGUCCCCAGUCUGGGAUGGAGUAAAGCAGACACCUGUAGGAUUAGCAUUCUAGAGGUAAAAUGGUGGGGAGGCCUUGGGGACAGGGAGGGUCCUGCAGGGAGUGACCCCAAGAAGGAGCUGGGACAGGGACUUAGAGUCCUGAGGCCACUUUCUACCGACCUGAGGCCUUAGCGUUGUGUCUGUGCCCUGUGGUUCUUCGGUAGGGGUACAGGAUAGGAAGCAGAGGGACCUGAGUAUGCAUCUAGAUGUGGCACUUAGCUGUGGCCUCAGGCAGGUCCCUUCCCUUGACAAAAGAAAUCCUGCCUUGUCAGAGUGAUGGGGACAAAAACAGCCAGGAGGUUUUGUGAAUAUUGAUCUUUGUGCCUCUGCAGGGGAGGGUGUUGACCCCAAAGGCCCUCAAAGGGAGGGGACAGGGCAGGGAGACUUGGUCCUGCUCUGUAGAAGGGACCAGGAGAAGGGCUUCCUCUGCCCAGGAAAGGCAAACAUGGCCAAGCCUUGACCCCAGUUCAGCAGGCAUCAAAGCCCAGCCAUUCCCCAAGGCCAUUGCUGUGGGUGGGGCCAGCGGUGGCAAACACAGGGACUGGGGAAAGGUCAAAAGGUCUCUGCACCACCCUGUUCCUUCGUGGAACCAAGCAACAGGUCCUGCCCCUCCCCCUCCCAGGGCUAGGGGUCCUGGCUGUCUGGGCAGCAUUCGAUAGUUUUCUGUUUGGCACUGGA